CACAAUGGAAGAGGAAAGGCGGUGGGAGGGCAGGCAGGAGCACCACUAUCCAAUGGGAUCAGUGAUGGGAGGGAGUUUGUCGAACUCCAGCUUUGUCCUAACUUACUGGGACUCCUGAGCACAAUAUGACUGAAACGCCUGUACCGUUAUUCCACGGGACGGUGCGUCGGCACAGCCGCCUGCACACACUAAACGCCGCUCACUUGCGCUAACUUUGGAUAAACUUUUCUUUACGCAUCUCGAAGGAGCUAGGAACUUUUCUUUUGUUUUGUCUUUGAAGGGAUUGUCAGAUUCCGCUUUGAAAAUGCUGUUUGAAGAGUUGGAAUGAAACUAGGAAUCAUUCUCUCCAUUCAGAGGAUUUGGUUGCAUUGAAAAGCAGCGCUGCGCAGGAUAAAACAACACUUCUGGAGUUCUUUGGAACACUGAAUAACUGCAAAAAGAGUCACUGCUGGGUUUCCCAUUGAGUUUUUUUCUGCACAUUUGCUGGAAUACAAUGCUUUAGUGACUCGUCCGACCUCAGUAAAGUUGAUGCAUCAUAGGCAUGGACUCUGUCUGAGAAAGGUGGCUGGCUAAAUGACCAUGGCGCUCACAGGUAGGGGCUUAGGCCGGUUUCAUUUGAUUUUACUGAUGUUAUGGACUCUGUCGCGGUACUCAGCAUCAAGUCAAGUCCGUCAAGAGUUUCAGGUCCUGGAGGAGCAGCCCAUUGGCACCUAUGUGGGCACGAUAGAGACCAAACCCAGCUUCACUUACCGCUUCAGCGAGAACCACAAACUUUUUGCAAUUAACGGCACCACUGGAGUAAUUUACACCUCCUCGGUGAUUGACAGAGAGGUUUUGCAAAGUGAUGUCAUCAACGUUGUGGUGCUGUCCAGUCAACCCACCUACCCGACUGAGGUCAGGAUAGUAGUUUUGGAUAUUAAUGAUAACUCUCCGGUGUUUCCAGACGCGUCAAUUGUCGUGUCUUUCAAAGAGGACGCCAGCAGCGGCAGGCAAGUGAUUCUGGACACUGCUACAGAUUCAGACAUUGGAAGUAACGGAGUUGAUCACACCACGUACAGAAUAGUGAAAGGCAACGACCAGAGGAAAUUCCGCCUGGAUAUUACAGUCAAUCCUAGUGGAGAGGGGGCAUUCUUGCACCUUGUUUCAACUGGUGGCUUGGACAGGGAAGUUACCCCUUUCUACCAGCUCCUGAUUGAGGUGGAGGACAAAGGAGACCCGAAAAAGUUUGGCUACCUGCAAGUAAAUGUUACCAUUCAAGACAUAAAUGACAACCCUCCUAUCUUUGAUCAAGACCAAUAUCAAACAAGUGUUUUUGAGGAUGCAGCAGUAGGUUCAAGUAUUCUGCAGAUUACAGCAUCAGAUCAGGAUGAGGGAGCCAAUGCUGAAAUCCGGUACUUUUUAGAUGAAGGGACACCUUUUCAAAUUGACCCUAAAGCUGGUACCAUUAUUAUAAAAGAUGGUUUGGAUUAUGAGAGUAAGAGAGAGUACUCCCUGACAAUUCAUGCAGUGGAUAACGGGGUGCCCUCUCUGUCCGGCAGAACAGAAGCAACAAUCAAACUUUUAGAUGUGAAUGAUAAUGACCCAGUUGUAAAGUUUAGGUAUUUUCCCACAACUUCUAAAUUUGCAUCUGUCGAUGAAAAUGCACAGAUUGGCACAGUUGUGGCUUUACUCACUGUUUCAGAUUCAGACUCCCCCAUGGCUAAUGGUAACAUAUCUGUUUCGAUCUUAGGAGGCAACGAGCAGAGACACUUUGAAGUGCACACGUCUCCUGUGCCCAAUUUAAGUCUGAUCAAAGUUGCCAGUGUGUUAGACAGAGAGAGAAUCUCCUCAUACAAUCUAACUGUGUCUGUAUCAGACAAUGGGAAGCCUAUUGCAAGAUCCUCCUUUGCCAGUCUGGUUAUUUUUGUGAAUGAUAUCAAUGAUCACCCACCCAUAUUCCAGGAAACGCUGUACAGAGUAGAUAUCAGUGAAGACAUACCAAAAGGCAGCUACAUUAAAGGGGUUUCUGCAACAGAUGGUGACUCUGGGCAGAAUGCCAACCUGCGCUACUCCCUGGUGUCUGGAAAUGCUUUGGGCUGGUUCUCCAUCAGUGAAAACAGUGGUCUGGUUACCAGCGCCGCUUUGCUGGAUAGGGAAAUAGCAUCUGAAAUUGUGCUCAACAUUAGUGCCAAAGACCAGGGGCUACAGCCCAAGAUUUCUUACACUAAACUUAUAGUCAACAUCACUGAUGUGAAUGACCAAGUGCCCACAUUUACACAGAGCACAUUUCAUGUUUCCCUGGUGGAGCAUGCUCCUGCUGGUACUGAGCUGGUGGUGCUGUCUGCUUCAGAUGACGACCUUGGGGCCAAUGGAACUAUCCGCUUCUCAUUUGAUUCAGAGACUCCAGCCUCAGUCCAGGAGCUGUUUCGCCUGGAUGCCGUGUCAGGGCGAUUAAGCACAGCCGUGGAGCUAGACAGGGAGGAUCAGGCCUCCUACUUACUCCACAUCCAGGCAGCAGACGCAGGCAGCCCUCCUUUGCACUCUGUAGGAAAAGUCAACAUCACCCUGAGGGAUAUCAAUGACAAUAGACCAGUUUUCUACCCUGUGCAGUAUUUUGCCAAUGUGAAAGAGAAUGAGCCCUCGGGUUCUUAUGUAACCACAGUUUCAGCCACAGACCCCGAUUUGGGUCGAAAUGGCACAGUCAAAUAUAUAAUUACAGCCGGAGAUGCUUCCAAAUUCCGCAUUAAUAGCAACACAGGGAAAAUUACCACGCUUGUGCCCCUGGAUAGAGAGGAGAAAACUGCAUACCAGCUGCAGGUGACAGCAGCAGAUGGUAGCAGCCUGCGCUCACACAUCCAGGCCAUAGUAACUGUAACUGUUAUAGACACACAGGAUAACCCACCUGUCUUUAGCCAGAAGGUGUACAGCUUUGUCAUGUUUGAAAAUGUGGGUACCGGGACAAUUAUAGGGACCGUGUCAGCCACUACUGUAGAUUUAAACACAAACAUUUCAUAUCUAAUCACAUCAGGAGACCAGAGAGGGCUUUUUGCCGUAAACAGCGCAGGUCAGAUCACAGCAUCGAGCCAGAUAGACAGAGAAGAGCAAGGUUUUUAUCAGCUCAAAGUUGUAGCCAGAGCUGGGGAGAUCACAGGAGAGGCAUUUGUUAACAUCACUGUGAAGGACUUAAAUGAUAAUGCUCCUCAUUUUAUUCACGCUGUGGAGCAUGUGAGUGCAGUGGAGAACUGGAGCACGGGUCAUGUCAUAUUCCAGGCCAAAGCUUCAGAUCCUGAUGAAGGGACAAAUGGCAUGGUGGUUUACAGCCUCAAACAAAACCCCAAAGGCCUUUUUCAUAUUCACGAGAAGCAUGGCCUCAUCACACUGACUGGGCCGCUGGAGGUCACCACAAGCUCUUAUGAGGUCGAGGUCAUCGCAUCAGACAUGGGGGUUCCCAAGCACACCUCCAGUCUCAUCCUCAUUGUCAGUGUUUACGACGUCAAUGACAACUCGCCCAUGUUUGACCAGCUUUCGUAUGAGGUCAUCAUCCUGGAGUCUGAGCCUGUGAACAGCCGCUUUUUCAAAGUGGAGGCCACCGACAAAGACUCUGGUCUUAAUGGGGAGAUCAUGUAUGACAUCGCUGGUGGCAACACAGGUGAAGUGUUUGGCAUUUUUCCAGACGGGCAGUUGUACAUCAAAGCAGAGCUAGACAGAGAGAUACAGGACAGAUAUAACUUAGUGGUUGUAGCCAAAGACAGGGCUGUGGAACCACUUAGCGCCACCGUCAAUGUCAGCGUGAUUCUGGAUGAUGUAAAUGAUAACCGACCCCUCUUUAACAGCACCAAUUAUGUGUUUCAUUUUGAGGAAGAGCAGAAGAGGGGGUCGCUGGUGGGGCGUGUUUUUGCUGAGGAUAAGGACUUUGGCCCAAACAGUGAGGUCAGAUAUACAUUUGAGACACCGCAGCCCAACUUUGAGCUGAACGCAAUCACAGGGGAGUUGACCAGCACGCUGCAGUUUGAUCGCGAGUUACUCAUGAGACAAAGAGGCGCCGCCGUGUUCAGCUUUGUGGUCGUCUCGUCAGACCAGGGUCUCCCCAAACCCCUCAGAGACCAGGCCAAAGUGCAAGUUUACAUUCAAGACAUCAACGACAACCCACCUAAAUUCACCAAAGACAUUUACCAGGCCUCCAUCUCUGAGUCAGCUCAAAACAUGACGCAACUUCUGCGUGUCUCCGCCUCCGAUGUGGAUGAGAACAAAAAUGGACAGGUUCAUUAUCACAUCCCUGAAGGUAACGAGGAAGGACAGUUCACUAUUGACAGCAGCUCUGGGCAGGUUACUUUAGUAGGAAAGCUGGACUAUGAAUCUACAUCCUCCUAUUCAUUGAAAAUCAUUGCUGUUGAUGCUGGAGCUGUGCCCUUGUCCUCUUCCUGUAUGCUCAGUAUUAGCAUCCUGGAUGAGAAUGACAACUCCCCCUCCUUCCCUAAAUCCUCAUUGUCUGUGGAUGUCCUGGAGAACAUGAGGAUUGGUGAGCUGGUGGCCUCUGUGACUGCCACUGAUGCAGAUUCUGGUCAGAACGCAGACAUAACGUACAGCAUAACAGCUACAAACAACCACGGCACUUUCAGCAUCAGCCCCAACACUGGCAGCAUCUUUUUGGUUAAAAAGCUGGACUUUGAAACUCAGUCAUUUUACAAACUCAACAUCACUGCAAAGGACAAUGGUAGACCGCCACGCUCUUCAUCCAUUCCUGUGGUCAUUCAUGUCAGGGAUUUUAACGACAAUCCUCCCAUAUUUACCCCUGGCGACAUUUUCAAAUCCAUCCCUGAAAAUCUUCCCAUCUCAGCCUCAGUCAUGACAAUUACAGCUCAUGAUACAGAUGCAGACAUAAACGGGCAGCUGGAGUACUCCAUUGUUCAACAGAUUCCCCGGGGAAACCACUUCAGCAUUGACCCAAGCACCGGGCUCAUAUACACCAAUAAGGAAGUAGACAGAGAGUUUUCAAAUCUGUUCGAGCUGACAAUCAAAGCCACUGACCAGGCAGUUCCGGUUGAAUUCCGCCGCUUUGCCCUAAAAAAUGUUACAAUAUGGGUCACAGACCAGAAUGAUAAUAUUCCCACUUUUGUGUCCCAGAAUGCCCUUGUGGCUGAGCCCAAUAUAGUCAUCGGCUCCAUUCUGACAACAGUGGUGGCCUUCGACCCCGAUGAGGGAGCAAACGGGGAAGUGGAGUACGAGCUUGUGGAAGGAGACGCUAACACUUUCAUCAUGGACAGGUACAGUGGAGAUAUUCGCCUGGCUUCCCAGCUGGUUCCAUCCCGACUCAUGUACACCCUCACAGUGUCGGCCACUGACCACGGCACAGAGCGCAAGACCUCCAGAACUGAGCUGACCAUCAUCCUCCAAGGGAUGGAUGGACCUGUUUUCUCCCAACCAAAAUACAUCACUAUCCUCAAAGAGGGACAGCCAGCAGGCACCAACGUCAUCUCCCUGGAUGCCUCAAGCCCACGGGGGUCAGCGUCUAAAGUGGAGUAUUUCAUCGUUGCGGUUCGCAGCGGUGGAAAAGCAGUGGGACGCCUUUUCACCAUCGGCCGCCACACUGGAGUGAUACAGACGGCUGCAGAGCUGGACCGAGAGCAAGGCUCCGACCUCUACCUGGUGGAUGUGUAUGCCAUCGAGACAGACGCCAACCAGCCCAGAACACAACGUGCUGAGUUGGGUAGGAAUAAGCGUCUGUGUCUGACCUCCCACCUCGUGGUCACACGGCCUUGA